AUGCCUCCGCGCCGCCGCCCCUCCUCCGGCUGCCACGGUGUCCGGGCGCGGCCGAGUGGCCGGUUCGACGCGGAAAUCCGCUCCGGCGAGGAGUGGAUCCGCCUCGGCACGUUCGACACCGCGCACGAGGCGGCGCGGGCGUACGACGCCGUCGCCUGGCGGCUCGGCCGCUCCCAGUGGACGAUGAACUUCCACGACGUCUUCACGCGGGAGCAAGCGGAGAUGCUGGCGCCGCCGCCGCCGAUGAUCACGCGCGAACAUCGGCGCCGACAUCGGGAGCUGGAGCAGCGCCUCCUCAUCGCCGAGCGCGACGAGGCGCUUCGCCUCGAAUGGGCGCGCCGCUUCCCCGAGGACGUCGCCGCCAUGGAGGCCUUCUACGCGUAG